ACAUCAACAAAAACAAUUCAAAACCUACUUGUUGUAAGUUAGUAUUUCAUAGAACAAUCUAAUAUUAGUAUUUAUUUUCGUGUCAAGUAUAAAUUGUAAAUAAUUACUAAUGCGUUCUAUUACAAGGGAAGUGUAGCUUAACGACAUUCACAUUCCCUCCUUUACGGCAAAUGGAAUAUGGCGGAGGCUGAGAAACCUUUUGACGAGCUGGAGCUCAUUAAGGAAUGGCAGGCGUCCGCAGACCUGCAGGCGGCCCUGUACGACUACCUGAGAAAGCAGGUGCCUCGGAUCUUUUGUCACAAGGAGCAGGCCAUCCCUCAGGAGGAAGAGGAGCGCACACAGAGACUCCUUCUCCAUCCUCUGGAGUACUUCCUGUUCGGUGAAGAUCCCGACGAAGGUGUGGAGAAGCUCAAGCAGGGCAGUACGUCUUCCCAGCUCUGUGGACGUGUCUUUAAAGAGGGAGAGACAGUCUACUCCUGCAGGGAUUGUGCAAUAGAUCCCACGUGUGUGCUGUGCAUGGACUGUUUCCAGGAGAGUGUACACAAAAGUCAUCAUUACAAGAUGCAUGCCUCAUCAGGUGGGGGCUUCUGUGACUGUGGGGACGUGGAAGCUUGGAAGAUUGGUCCGUCUUGCUCCAAACACGACCCAGAAGCAGACACCGCCAUGGUAACUGAUGAGUGCACAUUGGAGCCCGAGUUGAGCGAUCGUGCUGAGACGCUCUUCCGCGUAUUGCUGAACUACUACACAGAAUUCCUGGACUGGGCGGAAGACCGUCAGCUUUCACAUCAACUAAAACCUAACGAUAGAGACAACUCAUACUUCUGUGUGCUGUACAACGACGAGCACCAUUCGUACGACCAUGUGAUCUACACUCUCCAACGGUCCGUUAACUGUGACCAGGCAGCAGCGCAGACUCACACAGCUCUUAUUGACAAGGAGGGUCGGCGGGCAGUAAAGAGAGGAAGUCUUGAGUCGUGCCAGCAAGCCAAAGACCUCAUCAAGUUCAACUCAGAGCACAUUUCCCUGCAGCCUCUGCGUGUGGAGGUUCUGCACUCGGCCAUCAUGGCUCAUCAAACAUUUGCCCUGCGCCUCGGCUCCUGGUUCCAAAAGAUCAUCGGUUAUUCAGUGGGCUUCAGACAGGCCUUCUGCAGGGUGGCACUAGAGCCCAGCAAAGAGCAGACCAGCCUGUGCUGCAUCAGCAGACUCAUGUUGCUUGAUGCCAAGUUGUACAAAGGAGCUCGCAAGAUGACACAUGAUCUGAUUUUCUGUAGCAUACUAAUGGAGACUGAAUUCAAGAGGCUGUUUGCAAUUGAAUUCACAAAGCUUUAUAAGGAUCUGCAGAAUAACUUCAUCGAUGACGAUCAUGACAGGAGUAUUUCCAUCACUGCACUCUCUGUUCAGAUCUUCACUGUGCCUACACUGGCAAGAUACCUUAUUGAGGAAACAAGCGUCAUUUCAAGGAUCGUUAAUACAGUUAUGGCGCUCCUAUUAGAGCAUCUGGAUGUUAACAAUCGCUUCUUCUUCUUGGGCUACAACUCUGACAAGUUUAACCGCAUCCAGGUCAUUUUCCAUGACCUCAGAUAUGUUCUGAUUAGUAAACCGUCCACAUGGAAUUCUAAACUUCGGAAGCAGUUUAUAGAAGGAUUCAAUUCCUUUCUUGGCCUUCUCAAAUGUAUGCAGGGUAUGGAGGAGUUAGAGCGUCAGUUUGGUCAACACAUCGCAGUGGAGCCAGAGUGGGAAGCCGGCUUCACCCUUCAGAUCCAGCUCCGACAUAUUCUUGCUAUGUUUCAGGACUGGUGCUCUUCCGAUGACAAGAUUUUACUGGAAGCUUUCAGAGAUUGCCACAAACUCUUGCAGCAAUGCAACAAUCAGCCCUUUCGCAGAGAGGCAGCUGAUAACUAUAUGUGCAAACAAAUCCUCAAUGUUCGGCCCUACAAAGUCUCUCAAGAGCCUGUCAGCAUUCAUGUACCUCUUUCUAGGCUGCUAGCUGGCUUAUAUGUACUUGCCUGCAAGAAUGGAUUACAUGAUCAACUGUGGGACAAACAAUGUUAUGACUUUUCCACCAUGGCUGAGCAUUCUCUGCGCUGCGUGGUGCUGGCUGCACAGGUAUCGGCUGAAAUGUGGCGCAGGAAUGGGCUCUCUUUGGUCAGCCAGGUGUACUACUAUCAAGAUGUUAAAUGCAGAGAUGAGAUGUACGAUAAAGACAUCCUCAUGCUUCAGAUCGCUGCUUCUAGAAUGGAUGCAAACCAUUUUCUCAUGCUGAUCUUGUUAAGAUUUGAACUCUUUAAUUUCUUCAAUGGAAGUUGUUCGUGUAGAGACCAUAAUGAACUGGUGCAGUGGAAUCGACUGACAGAGGAGAUGCUGUACCUCCUUAUUGUCAUCGUUGGUGAACGCUAUGUCCCCGGAGUCAGUAACGUGACCAAAGAGGAUGUGACAAUGAGAGAGGUCAUCCACCUGCUGUGCAUUGAGCCCAUGGCACACAGUAGCCUGGUCAAAGGCCUACCAAAGAAUGAGAGCCAUGAAACAGGUCUGGAGUCUGUCAUCAGCAAAGUUGCCACUUUCAAGAAACCAGGCGUGUCAGGACAUGGCUUAUAUGAGGUGAAAAAGGAGCACUUGGUCCAGUUCAACCCUUUCUUUUACCAUUAUUCACGCUCUCAACACAGCAAGGCUGAAGAGUCGCAAAAGAAGAGGCGUGUUCAGGAGAGCAAAGACAAAGCUUUGCGUCCUCCGGUACCGCCUCCCUUCUGUCCAGCCUUCUCCAGUAUCGUACGCCUGCUCUGCUGUGACAUCCUCGUCCACGUCCUCAGACGAGUCCUGCAGAGGGCAGCAGAGGAAAAGUCCACUCACUGGACGGAAAUAAUGAUCCAGCGGGCCCUGCACCUUAUCGGCCAGGCACUGCUUGAAGAAAAAACCCAGCUUGAGGACAGCACUGUAGAGGAAGUGACCUUUGAUUUCAGCCUGAAGGCCCGCAGAGUCGGUUCAGAACACGGCAAGUCUCUGUUCCUCUUGCUGUCAAAAAUGAAGAGCGCUCGUUCGCUUGAAGCCCAAAAAGACAUGAUCUUGUGGCUACUACAGAUGUUUGAGAUAAUCAUGUGCCUCAGAGAGAAGUCCAGUCCAACUACUUCCAUGAGUAUGGAUACGAGCAAGCCUGAGGAGAGUGCUCAGGACAAAGAAAAAGCUGAGCGCAAACGGAAGGCUGAAGCAGCCAAACUUCACCGCCAGAAAAUCAUGGCCCAAAUGUCGGCCAUGCAGAAAAACUUCAUUGAGUCCAACAAGAUGCUCUAUGAAAACAUGCCAGAGAGCGGCAUGCAGGGAGAGCCUGUUGCAUCUACAGUGAGUGCCAUGGAACAUAAGGAGCUGUGCAUCGCCGUAGGGCCCCAACGAGGGUCCACCCCUGCCGAGAGGGAGGUGUUGACCUGCAUUCUUUGUCAGGAGGAGCAGGAAGUGAUGGCCCAGGCUCCAGCCAUGGUGCUGACAGCGUGUGUCCAGAGAUCCACUGUUUUGACUCAAUGCAGAGGAAAGAUACCCACCAGCAGUGAUGACGCCACAUCCUACCCAUCAUUCAUGCCUCCUGAACUGGCCGUGGGCACCCACACGGGCAGCUGUGGACAUGUCAUGCAUGCCACAUGCUGGCAAAAAUAUUUUGAGGCAGUCCAGAAUACAACCAGAAACCGUCUUCACGCUGAACUCAUCAUCGACCUUGAGAAUGGGGAAUACAUGUGUCCUCUGUGCAAGUCGCUAUGCAAUACCGUUGUCCCCCUCAUCCCCUUGGAGCCAAUUGUAUUCAACUAUGAAAAUGCUGAGAUAAUUGGUCAACAUUUGACUAUGACUCGCUGGAUUCACAUCCUUGAGGCCAGGAUUAAAGGACUCAAGGCCAUCACUCAGGACAAUGAUUGCAACAUGGAAAGCAGUAAUAAUGACAACUCAAUGUUAUGUGGAGAGGGUCUGCCAGAUUUCCGAUCCAUCCUAAGCUACGGUGUACAAGAACCGAGAAAAUUCUCCGACAGUAUAGCCGAGAUGCUGGUCGUGUGCGCCACCACAAUCCACAGGGUGGGGCUUCAAACGGUACCCAAUGAGCUGUGUCCACGUGUGCCCCUCAUGGCCUGGAACACCUGUGCCUUUACUAUUCAGGCCAUUGACAACAUAUUGCAGGAAGAAGACAAGCCGCUGUUUGGGUCUUUACAAAACAGACAGCUGGCAGGUCUGAAAGCGAUCGUUCAGUUCUCAGCAGCACAGAGAAUCAAAUGCUCGCAGGCUGUCAUCCAAAGACACUUCACUGACAUGUUAGCAGUCCUGCUGCCAGUCACAAGCAGAAAGAACACACCAUCUAUUCUGGAAGUCGACUUUUUCCAUCUUCUAGUGGGUUUAGUGUUGUCUCUGCCCUCGCUGUACCAAGAAGAAGCCGUAGACUUGCAGCCGUCUGCUGUCAGCUCGGCUUACAACCACCUGUAUGUCCUGCAUCUGGUCACAAUGGCUCACAUCCUGCAGGUUCUGCUCCUCACAACAGACUUCCCUGUAGUCACUGAAGAGGGGACUGAGGAGGCCAGAGCAGCAGCAAAAGUUCUCAAUGUAGUGUCGCAAUACACUGGCAGACUGCUCUCAGAUGUGUCUGGUGCCUCUGUGGCCAGAAGAGUGAAGACGGGAAUCAUUUCUUUUCUUCGCUGCACCGCUCUCUUUUUCAGCUGCCUCACUGGUGUCCGCCCCCCAGAGGACCUUUUUUCCACUUCUGUUUCCAGCCAAGACCAGAUGGAGGCAGUGUGCAGCUACUUGGCUCUGCCCGCCAAUGUAUUCCAGCUCUUCCAUGAGCACAGAGAUACAGUAGCAUCGCUGCUGCAAACGUGGUGCAGCAGCUCAGCGAUAACCAAAGCCCUGAAAGGCAAAAUUCAAACAGUCAGAUACCCCAGGAGAAUAAACCAUUUGAUUGACCUCCCAGAGGAUUACAGUGCCCUCCUCAACCAAGCAAGCCAUUUCCAGUGUCCCAAGUCUGCAGAUGACGAGAGGAAGCAUCCCACCCUGUGCCUGUUCUGUGGCGCCAUGCUGUGCUCUCAGAGCUCCUGCUGCCUCAGUCAGCUGGAUGGAGAAGACGUGGGUGCCUGUACCGCCCAUGCUGCCACCUGUGGUGCAGGAGUGGGCAUGUUUCUCAGGAUAAGAGAGUGUGAAAUUGUCCUGAUGGCCAGUAAGACUCGAGGAAGCACAUAUCCUGCUCCUUAUUUGGAUGACUACGGCGAGACUGACCCUCAUCUCGGGCGAGGCAAUCCAUUGCACCUUUGUCCGGAGCGUUACAGGAAGUUGAAGCAGAUGUGGCAGCAGCACUGCAUCCUGGAGGAAAUCGCUCGCAGUCUGGAGUUGGUCAACGUCAUGUUCGCUUUCGACUGGCAGAUGUUGUGAUGGAGGAGCCAGCAGCAAAGGCAGAGUCGUGAAGAAGCUCGUGUGGAGACACUCUCUGCUGCUUCCUGGUAGGCGCGAACAUGCAGCAAAGCCAGGAGAGGGAGGGGGGAUAAAGGACAGAAAAAAAACAGAGGUCUCCUAUCGGAUUAGCCUUGUUUUAAUUUGUCUUCUCUAAGAAUGCAAGUGAGCUCCUGUUAGAAGAAACCAGUAGAGACUCAUUUAAAGAAAGACAUACAUUAGAUUCACACAUAAUGACCUUUAUCCCACGCACCGGUCUUACUUUGUCAUAACUUGUACAUGUAAAUUUCUAAUGCUAUAUUAACCACUUUUCAAUUUGCCUUUGUAUUAUUUACCUGCUUAUCUCACAUUUUACCACCUAGUCUUUGCUAUCUUGCAGAAACUUGAAUCAAUAUAACUUUCCUCUGAUUACUAAGGCCACUUUUCAACAACUUCAUCGUGUUUAUUUAUUCAACAAAUUUAACACGGAUCUAAAAAGUACACCAGUUGUAAAGAUGCUUUUAAAUCACACUUGUAUCAUAUCUUAGCCUUUCAAAAUAAGGUGACUUGUGUAUGAGUGUGCUGUUUGAUAGCACUGCAGGACGUCCAGGAUAUGGUAAUAAAGACACCAGUCAAAGUACCAAUAAGUCUCUUAUGUUUCACACACUGUAUGACAGUACAUGAAACCAUGAAAACAAAUCUGCUACAGACACCCUAGUUCUCCUGAAGUGGAUUUUUCCUCAUAUCAAUACUUUUUAAUGGACAAUCCUCUGCUUGCAACAUUACGUGUUUUUUCUUUUCUACAUAGAGGUCAAUGAAGUCAUGCUUGGAUGAAUUUGGUGUAGAAGAAUUUGAGACCCAUCAAACACAUUUGAGAUAGACUUGCACACACUUCACAAACUGAAGUCUAAGCAAGACUAUAUGAAAUUAAGGGGGAAAAAAAUAAUUAAAAAAAUAAAAUAUAUAUAUACCGUAUGUAUGUUGUUUUUUAUACCAUAUAACACAUUUGCUAAAAUAAGCACAAUAAUCUAACAAAAGAAGACAAUCUAUAUCUCUGAUGAUGGAUCAGUAACUACGGGUGCAUCUCAAUCAGUUACAAUAUGGUGCAAAAGUGUUUUUAAUUUCAGGAGUUUAAUUCAGACUGUUAUAGCUGAGGUGUCAAACUAAAAGCCCGGGGACUACAUCUGGCCUGCAAAAGCCUGGAAAUAAUACAAGUUUACAAAACACAGGAAGAGUUGUAAAUUCCUUUGUGCUGGCAUAUUCAUUGCUAAUUGUAUUUACAUUUUGAAGGUAAAAAUUGUACUGCAUGUAGCUGCCAUUUUUAACUGAAUACUGUUUUAUUAUUCAACGCAACAAGCUAUUAUAUGUUUUUGGUCCAUUGUAACCCUUUUUGAAAUAAAUUCUACAAAAAGUGAACUUUAA